GAAAAAGAAAAAAAAGAAAGGCCCCCAAAUUCCUCAUCGCUUAUUGGCCUUCUCCCGUGCCCACUCACCCUCGCAUCGCUCAUUGCCGGAAUCCGAUCGCGCCCAGCAUCAGAUCGGAGAUCAGAGAUUCGACAUCCGACCCGCCGCCACCGCCGAGGAGAUGGCCCGGUGCCUCAGCUUCACUGCCGCGAGGGACCGGUGCUACGACCGUAACUUCUCCGCCGCCGGGCUCCGCCCGACCGCCACCGUCCUCGGCGACGGCGCCACCGUCCACUGCUGGGCCCCCAAGUCACCUGACCCCGGCCACUCCCCGCUCCUCCUCAUCCACGGUUUCGGCGCCAAUGCCAAGUGGCAGUGGGCCGGCUACCUCCGCCCCCUCCUCCGAUCUGGCUUCGACCUCUACGUCCCCGACCUCCUCUUCUUCGGCGGCUCGGAGGCCCCCCGGCCGGACCGGUCGGAGGCGUACCAGGCGCGAUGCCUGGCGGCGGCCAUGGAGGCGUUGGGUGCGCGGCGGUUCGGCGUCGUCGGGAAUAGCUACGGGGGGUUCGUGGCAUACCAGAUGGCGGCGAUGUUCCCAGAGGCGGUGGAGCGGGUGGUGCUCAUCUCCGCCGGGGUCUGCCUUGAGGAGCGGGACCUCGCCGCCGGCCUCUUCGUCGUCUCCAACGUCGCCGAGGCCGCCAGCAUACUCCUCCCCCAGCGGCCGGACAAGCUCCGCCAGCUCGUCCGGCUCUCCUUCUGCAACCCGCCACGUGUCUUGCCCACCUGUUGUAUCUGGGACUACAUCCAGGUGAUGUGCACGGCUCAUGUGACCGAGAAAACAGAGUUGAUCAAUGCCUUAGUCAAGGACAGAAAACUUUCAGAUCUUCCCAAAAUAACUCAGCCAACCUUGAUAAUAUGGGGAGAACAAGAUAGAAUUUUUCCAUUAGAAUUGGCUCACCGAUUAGAAAGGCAUUUAGGGGAGAACUCGCAACUAAUAGUUAUCAAGAAUGCUGGGCAUGCAGUUAACCUUGAGAAGUCCAAAGAGGUCUGCGAGCAUAUAAAGGCAUUUUUCCUUAAUUUUGCUCCCAAAGGCCACAAAAAUCACAUGGUGUAAUAUAAUUAAUAACUGAUUAGUUUCAUUAGCAUAUGCUUAUGCAAACAUGAGGUCUAGAAUACGAAGAGCCCACAUCUUUGGCACAUAAAGUCCAAAAGAAUAUCAUUUGUGAAGACGGAAUUGUUCAUGCGGGAUUGCCAGAAGUUUUAUAAAGUGCUUUUUCUAGCCUUCUCCUUAUCACGCGUUGCACGAAGAAAGAGGUGGGUGAGGGGCUUAUCGUACAUACUGGAUGGUGCAUUGAAUCUGAUUCUCUCUGGAAUUUUUCUAAUAUCAUCUUGGUCUGUAACUUUGAUCUGUUACCCUUGCCAUUUGACACAGGAACUUCAGUUCGUGUUAGCAGUCCGUUGCAUGGCAUAUAUUGUCUUCUGUCUACCGUGAGUCGAUGAAUGUACUCUGGUAAUGUUGGUCUGUUAGCGAGUGAACUUGGCUGUGCAAGAAGAAUCAUGUCAAGGAACAUAAAAUAACUUACAGUUGAUGUCACGUAACAAAGAAGAGAAAGUGGAAAUCCUUGGUAGAAAGGGCCUCUCAAAAAAACAAAAAAACUCCUACAGCAUUUCCGUUUCUUUUUUUUGGUUUGCUGGUGGAUUAAGAAAGGGAAAUGAAUGCAUUUGGUAGUCUGGCA